AUGGCUACUUCAGUUUAUCAAUCCCGACACAAGAGACUAUCUCGAAUUCGAUCUUUUCGAGCAUGCGUGACGUGUCAUUUGAAAAAGGUUCGAUGCGAUGCUAUGAGUAAUGGCAUUCCCUGCAACACAUGUUCUGCCUUCAAUGUCAAGUGCCAGGUGCCGGGCAUUGGGGAACAUCAGGCCAGGACUCUUGCCACCUUAGCAGGGAAGCGCUGCACCACAACCCAUACAGAUAUCUCAAACGGCCACAUAAACACGCCCGCCGCAAGCAGCCAGUCGAUUCAUGGACAUUCCUAUCAUGGUCAAGUUGUGUCCCUGCCUAAGUUUAAUGUUUCACCUGUCACAAACCCAGGCCAAGUGGUGUAUCUCGGAGAAUCCUCCGGCUUUAACCUCCUCGUCCGUGGCAAUCAUGGCCCUGUUGUGCAUUACCCAAUGCCUCAUGAUGCAGUUCAGAUGCCUUUGUAUGCUGGGCUGGACCCUCUAGAGAUGCAAAUCCUAAAACGAAGAGGAGCUUUUAUCUUACCUCCUAAAUCAUUAUGCGACGACUUGAUAGAGACCUACUUCACUUGGGUUCAACCGAUCGUGCCCGUCAUUGAUCGUACACAAUUCAUGUCGCGAUAUCGAGACGCCAAAAAUCCUCCUUCGCUACUCCUCCUCCAAUGUAUCCUACUUGCCGGCGCUCGAAUCAGCACCAACCCGCAGUUGAUGAAAGACGGAUCAACUUCAACUGCCGUGGCGACCUUUUAUCGACGCGCAAAAGCCCUCUACGAUGCUGACUACGAGCGCGACAGAAUCACACUGGUGCAAUCAAUGCUUUUAAUGGGUUGGUACUGGGCUGGUCCUGACGACAUAUCCAAAAACAUGUUCUACUGGAGCCAAUCUGCAAUCGUCAUUGCUCAGAAUUUUGGUUUACACCGUAACAUGGAUCAUUCGAGUCUCUCAAUAACCGAAACGAGGCUGCGGAGGCGUAUCUGGUGGACGCUGUUUACUCGAGAUCGCGCGUUGGCUGUCGCGCUGGGACACUCGGUUGCUAUCAACCUCGACGACUGUGAUAUCGACAUGGUGACCGAAAAUGAUUUCGUCGAGUAUGAAGGGAUUGGCAGCCAUGAAUAUCCGCCAGAUCCUAUUCACGUGGGCUUUUUCAUCCAGUACGUGAAGCUUUGCAAGCUUAUCGGACUUGUGGCGUCGAAAUACUCCAAAAAAUCCCAGCUUGGUCAAGACUGCACAGGCAGUAACUCUAUCGGAGCAACUUUAUCCAAAUGGUUAUUGGAGUGUCCUAUGGCCCUGCGUUGGGAGAGAUCAAGGCAUCAUUUUUGGUCCGCGAUACUACAAUUGCACUAUUUUAGCGCUUGCUGUCUCCUCCAUCGAGCAAGCUCUCCUCGCAACAAAAGAGCCCUGGAGGACACUAAGCAGUCUUAUGGAUCACGAGAUGGGGCUGUUCACGCUGCAAGCAUGAUUACCUCGAUUGUUGAAGUCCUCAGCUACAACCAACAGCUUCUCAGGUGUUCUCCAUUCAUCAUUCACAGCCUCUUCUCAGCCAUAGUCGUACAUCUACACGUUUCGAAUACGCCAAGUCCAUCUACCCGUAGACUUGCUUGUCGGCGACUUGGAGUGUGCCUGAGGGCCAUCAAAGACCUGGCACGAGUUUGGGCUGUGGGAAAAACGGUAUUUACUAUGAUCGAGACUAUUUCGGGCUUCAACGGUGAUAAAAAGCCGACACGUCCUAGUACCGACUUUUCGGCCGGCGAAGUCUUCGUCGAUCUAGGAUGUGCCUGCACUGCAGAUCAAGCUUGUAGCCCCAAUAAUCGAAGCCAAUCCAUUGACCUCGAGGACGACAUUCAAAUAUCACAGUGUUUGCAAAAAGGUAUCAAGACACCAGCCUAUGAAUCAAAUAGCCAAGCAAGCAUUCCAGUCGUUGAUGAGUUGGCUACACAAAGUUCCAAAGAUGAUGGCUAUCUUCAACAGUCCACACCCUUCGAAUCUACAACGCAGAUUGACUUCAACACUCUGCUUCCGGACUGGAAGGCUCCCUCGGAACCCAUGCCUGGCACAUUCUAUUCCGAGGACACAGCUAACACCUAUAUCCCGAUCCCAGAGGUGACUAUUCCCACAUGGGACCAAUUCCAGCUCGGAUGUCAGCAAGACUACGGCAUUUCCGUGCCGUGGGAUCUGGUCCUUGAUUUGGAGUGGCUAACAAAACCAAAUCCUGGCACAUUCUACAACAAACCGGACUUUAACUACGGCACAAAGAUAGUCGAACUCGAUGGGGCUUAUCCUACUGAUGAAACAACCCGCAAUCACGACUAUGGCGUCUUCUCUAACAUGGCUGUUGAUUUGUGA